CGCUGAACGGGUGAGGAGAAACGGAAAACUAGUUCACACUGAUGAACGCGCAGUGCCAACCGCACCGCUUCAAGAGCCUCUGCUUAGUGCUGGCACGGCACCACCGUCCGACCACAGAAAUUGCAAAUAGCCGGCGACUGACGUGGGCGCUCAAAAUCCGCCGCGAGCGGACUAUGCACACUGGGAUCUUACCUUACAACCGAGCUGCAGCGAUACAAGAAAAGGCAGCACGAUGGGGCGGCAUGCUCGCGUUCCACGCCACGCAAGACUCCACCACAAACACUUGACACUCGGGUUAAUCCAUUGUUCAGAAGCAGAUGACCAGGUCGUCACCAACGACGCCACUUUGCAGUGGUGGCAGCCUAAAUCCUCCAUCCGUGGCUGUUCAGCUGCUUGCGGAGACAAUCCGAGCUCCAUGUGCUACCUGGAUCAGGUCGACAUUUGGUGGCAUAUGGCAAGGCUUUCAACAACGAGAACCUUGUUGACCAAGCAGAGUUUGGACGGCAAACCUUCGGUGGGGCAGCUUUCCUCCGGCAGAAAGCCGCCGCUGCUGGCCUCAAAAUAUUAUGAAAAGAGAGAAGUUAUCGCGGCAUCGCUCAGAUUGCUCUUGCAUUUCUGUAAACUAUGCACUUCGGUGGAGCGAUCUCGAGCACUGGUUGUAUGGGUACGGUGUAUCAUCAACCAGAACAGUAACUACGACAAUGCUAGCUACAACUUGUAGAUGUACCAAGUUGUAGACUACAACAAACACAACAAGAUGCGGCAUACUUACUGCUUUUCUCAUCAGAAGAAUGAAGAAUCCAAGAGCUACGUUCUUCGAGCAGUACAAGCUGGAUAUCUUCAAUAUAACCAUUGAGGCUUUGGCUUCUACAGUUUCUUUUAGCC